UCCGGUACUAACUACCGUUUCCUGAUCUUCAUUUAUCUAAGCUAGGAAUGCAAACAAAGUUUUACUUUAAUUACUUAACAAUUUCUGGGUAAUUUGUAAGUUAAUAUUAUUCUAUCACUUUGCAAAAUAUUUGACAAAUAAAUAUAUUUUUUCAUCUCAUCAUUUAGUGCAAUAAAUUUAAUACUAUUUAUACAAAUGGAAAAGCAUUAUCAUUAUCCGUCAUUAUAAAGUUUAGAGUUUAUGAGUUUAGUUUAGUUUAGCAGUCAGUGGUCUGAGUGGUCAGUGCGCAUAGUUGACUUUACAUUUAAAAAAAAUAAUAAUCAACUUAUUAAGUCUUAUUUCAUUAUUAAAAGGAUUUUAAAAGUAAAAUGUUGCCUUUUUUUGCAAAAACAACAAUCAAGCCAAUUAACAAAUUGUUUGAGAUUUUAAAAAAAAAGUACUUUUCAUGCAUCUUCUUAAAAGUUCUUACGACUAUGUCUACGAUUACGAUAAUAUGUUUUAAUAUUUAUGAUUCAUGAUUCAUUGUUAUUUUAUUAUCAUUUAAAUCGGGCCUGCACAACUCAAAAUGUAAGGUGAGUCGUAAUAUUUUAUGAAAACUUGUGCUGGUCAAAAGUAGGUAUUUCGGUAAGAUCCGAGAAGUGCAGAAAACCGGGUAUCGUGAUUUCGUUGUCAAAAUGGCGACCUCCACUUUUUAAUUUACCGAGAGUCACGUUGUUUACGACUUUUUAACUAUAUAUAGCCCAGCAUGUUAAUUCUAUUUCCGCCCACAACUUAGAGUAGACAUGUUGUCAUGUUGUGUUAUGAUUAGACAAUUGAGUCCCCCAAAAAAUUUUGGGGCUUCACUUUGAAAAUUGAAGGUAAAAUAACGCAAUUUUUACUCAUUCAUAUUUUUUUUGUGGAAAAGAACCUUUCAUAGAAUUUCAAGGACUUUAUAAAUAAUGGCAUUAACUACAACAUAUCCAAGACCUGUUAAUUUAGGACCAUCAGUUUGGUCAGAAAUUUCAUGGGAAAUUUUAGUCACGUGUGUCCCAAAAUUACCUAUUAUCGUUAAUAUUCGUUGCUAUGGUAAAUAACCUGAUUUACUCUGGAAAUCCAGACUAUUACCCCCUAAUAACUUAUUUAGAAAUAAAAAUAAAAUAAUUAAUAAAACAAACACAUAUUUUUAAUAUGAUUUGAUGCUUUUAUUGAGGGAUAUUAGGUUAAAAAAGCCUAAUUAAUUACAAUUAAUAGUUAACUAUUAGUUUUAUAUACUGUUGUUAUAUGUAUACUAUUAACUAUAUAUAUACAUAUAAUAUAUAUACAUAUAUAAUUAUAUAUAUGUGUGUAUGUAUAUAUAGAGGCCUAGAAUAGUAUUACUAUUAUAAGUGUAGGCCUAUCCACCUCCCCCCUCCCCACCAAAUAGUUUUUUGUAGGACCCAUUAUUCAUAUGUAAUGAUAUAUAUGGUGAUUCUUAAGGCAUAAAUUAAGUAAAAGUGUACAAAAAAUAUUCACUUACCUUUGGUAUUGAAAUAUCCUAUAUUAUAUUUAAUCACAUAUCACACUAUUCCAAAAGAGAAUUAUCAGUAUUCUCAAAGAAAAAAACACACUUUCUACCACAAAAAUCCAAGAAUUACAUGAGAUAUUACUAAAAUUUAAUAAUAAAACAUUGUAAUUACCUCAAGCAAAUAACUAGAACUUAUUUAAAAUUCUAUCAACAGCUAAAGUUGAUUCUAAUAAUAAAUGUUGAUCUGUGAAACAACUGUACUAACUUAAAAUAAAUGACAUACUAUUUUUUGUCAUAUUCACACAUUCAUAUGGUAUGGGACUAAAAUACAUUAUAUAGAAAAUGGUAAAAUAAAAAGUUUAAUUGUCAAUUUUAACUUAUUGAAACAAAUAAUCCCUUUAUUAUUAGUAUAUACUUAUAAAUUUUAAACAAUUCCACAGAAAAUUUGAAAUUAAUAUCUUAAGAAUAUUUUAUUAUUAUUAUGAAUUUUGGGAAAUUGAAAAAAAAUAUUUAUACAUAAUUAAUUAAUUAAUUACGAAUAAGUGACGAGUCAGCAUAUUUUAUAUAUUUUUAAUAGGAAAAUAAUAAAGAUUUUUAAAAUAAUUUUUGCGGAAUAUUAACAAAAACUAACUUAUAUUUUGUGGUUUUAUUUAGAAGUACUCUAAUUAAAAUAUGUUCCCUGUAAAUAUUAUAUUUUUGUGUCAUUUUAUAAUAAAGUUAUAGGCCUUAAAAAAAAAUCAAAAUGAGGGUCACGAAAUGUGGAGGAAAAUCCCAUAGUAAAAAAAGUGCCUUUGAGGUCCCUACUAAAAAGUUCAUAACUUUUGAACCACUUGAGCUAGAAAGUUGAAAGUUUUUGUAAUCUAUUCUCCAGGCUCUAUACAGCUGUAGUAUUUUUAUAUUUUUAAAAAUGUUUUGAAAUUUUAAUCAAAGUGCCUAUCAAAAGAAAAUAAGACAUGGGGGGAAAGCUAUUAAUAAUUAAGAAAACAAUAAUAAUAAAAAAUAAUAAUUCGUUACUUAGAGGGCCGCAAAGUGAGUGCUGGCGGGCGGGUAUUAUGUUGUGCAGGCCUGAUUUAAAUCGUGAUUAUUCAUUUAUUAUGAUUGUUAGUGUUAUGAAAGGAGAAUUCUUCUGUCUCAAACAUAUGCUCUAUUUUUGUUCCCCAAUUGGUAAUAUCUUGAUUUGGUCUAUUGACCCAGAGCGCACCAUUGUGAGUUUCUGUGUAGAAUUCUCUCCCCUUUUUUUAAAUUCGUUUUGAUUGAUGGCUUUUUAUAACUUGAUAUUUCAUUGGGUGGUUAAUUAUAACAUUAUAAUAUUUAAAAAAUGGGAAGCGUUAUCCACACAGCUCUGUGAAUAAUGUUUGGCGUUAUCGGCAGACCGAGAUCUGCAAAUAAGACCAAAAUCUGCGAAAAAUGCAGAGCGUUAUUGUUGGACAGAAAUGUUCCCAUAAUUACGCACAUUUCGAGAAAUAAUUAAGAUCACAUUUCAAGCCGGGGUAGGGGUGUAGUUUUAAGUAGUGUAGGAGAGAUCGAUCGUUAAUGAGAAUGGCACAAACACAUCUCAAAACCGAAGCUACCGGUAUGCACAAGUUAAAUUUAAAAAAUUUAAUAGGCCUAACUAUAGCCUAUAUAUUGGAUAUAGGACAAUUAAUUGUGCCUACAUCUGCUCUGUUAGGGGCCAACAUAUUCGACCUAUAGAGUGUUACUAAUAGAUCCAGUCAAACCUCCUACUCCUAGACAUAGCUAAUUUUCUGGUAUUUCAUAUUAAAUGUUAUACCAGUAAUAAAAAUGGUACCAGUAUUCUUCAUGUAGACUCACUUUCACCCACUGUAGAGAUAUCUUUAAAUGAUGUCAAAGCUUGAUAGGAUAUCGUUUAGUUUUUUUUAAAGCACUAUGAUAUAUCACAUAGUCCAGAAAUGUUCUGUCAGAAAUAGUUGACAUGCCGUGCAACAGUGUUAUGAUGCAGAGAGGUGGCUGCAUCAGGCGGCCGUGUGAGAGACGGGUAGGGGCAUAUAGGCCCUACAUCGAUAAUAACAGAAUCUAAUCCUGUUUAAGUUUAAGGCUAGUAUUUUUUCCUGAUCCUUGAGGGUGUCCCUAAGUCUACCCAGCUCUGGCCUUAGCUGGGAAAAGUAAAGCUGGCUGGUUAUUGCGCUGGCCAUACACUCACACUUGUAAACGCUGCUUCAAUUGCCCCAAGGGAACUUUACUUCCCAAAGACUUGCAAUGCAUCCUACGACCAGCAGGGUUCCAAUGAAUUUUUGUAUGCUUUUUUUUUUGUAUUUAGACCCAUAGUUACAACAGUGGCAGUAUGGCUUUUUGUUUCAAUUAUCAACAUUUUUUUUACAAGAGCUAAAAUUGUUGAUGUCAAUGAUAUUGAUAUGUUUUAAGUACGGUAGCAGUAUGUUCAUUUCAUUGUCAUCACUAAGUGUUAUUUCAACUAUUUCUGGAGCGGCAUAUUGUGUCCCUACUUAUUAUGAUACUUAUUAGAAAAUAAAAUGAAACAAAUAAAAUGUGACAUAUUUUUUCAGCUAAACAUUAAUACACAACUCUGAGAUCUAAAAUAUUUGAAUAAGUACGUUAUUAAUAAUUAUUUGUUUAUUAGAGAAAAAACAAAUGGAUGUUAAAGUCUAUGAGUGGAAUUAUACAAAGAAAAUUAAACAGUCAAAAGAGCUAAAAGUAUAUCACAAUGUACAGUUAGAACAGCUGUAUAUGACUUAAACAUGGUUUAUGCGGCUCAUCUGCAUGUCCAUGUUGUUUAAAUUUUUUUAACGAAACUUGAAUGAACAUUCUAACAAAAUAGAUUGAAACUUGUAACAUAAGUAACAAAACUAUAUGAAAAUAAUAAUAAAACUAUGUGAACAGAAUAAGAAAGCAAUAAGAAGAAUAUUAUUAUAAUAUAACACUACGAAAUAACCAUUAAAUAUAUUUUUUUAAAAUUUUAUUUAUAAAAAUGAGGCUUCCCCGACGGGGAAUUGAACCCAUGCCUGCCGGGUGACGGGCGCAGAUAUUGACCACUACACUACCGAGGCGAUGUUUAUACACAAACUUUGUAUUUUAUAUUCAUAAUUUAAUUCAUCACAUUCUGCGAAUAAUGUCGAGCGUUAUCGGCAGACCGAAAUCUGUGAAUAACAGUGAGCGUUAUCCACACAGCUCUGUGAAUAAUCACUUCGUUAAAAAAUAGGCUAUUUUCCCUUCAUUUUGGAAAAUGGGUUUUGAUUUUUUUUUACAUCUUUUAAAGUUUUAUUUUUGGUGGAACCUCCAAUAAAAAAAAAUGUUUAAAAGUUUCUUCAUUGAAACUUUUGGGUUUUCAUUAUUUUGAAUACCGAUAUUUAAAGAAAUUUUAAAAUCUUUUUAUUCAAAUUUACAAUUUUCUCAGGACAGUAGUAACUGUAACAAACAAGCACAUAGUUUUAUGUGUUAACAUUAGGCAUUAGGUCAUAGAUUUUAUUUUUGAAGAUUUAUACUCUUAGUUAGGGGAGACUAAAUUAAGGGGUAAAUUUACGCUUUUUGGGGGUUGAUUUAAGCUUGAGUUAGGGAUUCUAACUUAGCAUUCAGGUUAGGUAGGGUUGCAGAUUUUAGGAUUGUAGUUUUGGUGAUUGUGCUAUUGAUGUUUCCCCCGUUCUAUUGUGUUUUUGCACUAAUUUUUUUCACACUGUCGCCAUCUUGUUGCCAUGACUCCAGACACGUCUUUGCAAUGAAGAGAGUGGCUUUGUGAAAAAAAAGUAGUGCGAAAACAUGCCUCCUUAACAUUCAACAUAUUUUAAAUGGAAAAAAUAUAAAAAAUCAACAAAAAAGCAUGCAAAUUUAAUUUAAAAAUCAUUAAAAUCUAAAAUCUAUAACUUUACCCAACAUGAAUUGUGUAAUUUACCGGUAUCUAUAAAAAAAAUUGAGUCAUGGAGCUCAUAAAAACAACCUCAUAAAAAGUUGAACUUGCGCUCUACCUAAAGUCCUGACUAUAGCAUCCAUACCCCCAUGGUAAUGGCAAAGCACAGAUCAUAUAAAUCUACAUUCUUUUAAUCUUAUGGUGUACAAAGCUUGCAUAUAAAUGAGCCAUGCUUUAUCAUUUCUCAGAUAAAUAAAAUGCCAACACUUGAUCCAGAGGAGCUUGAAAAUUCUGUGCGCAUCAAAGUGGGUUUUAAUGGGUAAGUACCAGUAUCAUAAUUUGAAUAGAUUUAUUUAUUUUUAAAGCAAAUUUUGUAUACAUUAGGGCAUAAUCUUGCAAUCUUACUAAGUCGGUCUUUUGAAGUUUAUAAAACAUAUUAUUAUGCUAUAAGAUAUAUUGAAAGGGAACAUCUUUUGCAUCCUACAGUCACAAUAGUAAAUUAUUUUAUACUUAGAUAUCUAUAAUAUACAAAUUUAGAGGAAUUGAGAUGUCUCCCAUAUUAUCUUUACCUACAUUGAAUAUUUCUAUAACUCCAGCACAAUAAAAACUUACUUAAAUCAAGUCUACUGCAAGCAAACUAAGUCCAUGUUUAAUUUUUUAAAAUAAAAAAUUGUGUUAUUUUGUUACUGAGGCCAGGUAUUUUUAUCUAUUUUAUACGUACCGGUAUUGCUAAGGUUAAUUCAUUUUGAAGUAUCGGAAUUAUACAAUCUUUAAAAAAAUUACAAUCCUUUAAAUAACUUUUCAGCAAUAUUUUGGUGACCAAUAUACGAAAUGAUGUAAAAUACUCUGACUUUUGUGCUGAAAUCAAAGAUAUUUGCAAGUUCGAUAGUGUACAGCCAUUUACUGUCAAGUGGUUAGAUGAAGAAGGUAACCAAGUUAGAGGUGAUACAAUGUAGAUUGGUAAUUAUAGUAAAAGCCAAUAGUUCUACUUUAAAAGUGCUUGUCUAGUAAGGGUAUUUAUUUCUUAGUUGAAAAUAAAUAAGUACUAUGUGUGAUGAAAAAAAUUAUACAUUUAUUUAAUCAAAGAAAGAUUUAGAUCUCAUGUUAUUGAUAUUAAAAACCUAUUGAAAACCACCAAUACUAAUAAUAAUUAUAUGUACCAGUACAUACCCAGCCUAGUGUAGAUGAAAAUACUUAAAAUAAAAUUUACUCAAAUUUGAUUUUUUGUGUGCAUAAAAUGUUACUUUUUUUGCUAAACAAUUAGCAGUACAGCGCCUGAUAUAAAACAGAUUUUUAUAUUUUGUUAAUGUGAAAAAGAUGGCUAACUAAUUAAUUAAUUUAAAAAAUUUUAAAUCCAGGUGACCCUUGCACAAUAUCUUCCCAAAUUGAACUGAAUGAAGCAAUACGUCUCUAUGAAGUCAACAAGGAUACAGAAUUAAAUAUACAUGGUAUUUCACUUAUUCCUUUUUUGUUGUUUUUUGUGUGGUGAUUUUGAGAUGAGAAGUGGACAAACGUGUUGUCAAUUUUAUUAAGAAAGGUAGAUGGCUUUAAGUAUAAUCAAAUGGUUUUGUGUUGUUUUGUGAUCAACUGUUUAAAAAAAAAUUUAAACCAUGUUCUGUUAUAACUGUAACUUGAAUAAAACAUUGUUAAAGUUUCAUUAUUCAUUAGAAAAAAUAAUAGUUUCUUGUUUUUUUUAAAUAUUUUUUUAAAGACAUGAUUCUAACACUAUGUCCUUGAAAUUUCAGUGUUCCCUAAUGUCCCAGCAAGGCCAGGGUUGCCUUGUGCUGGAGAGGACAGUAAGUCAUUUUACAUAUAUCCAAACGUUUUGUGACAUAGUGGUACAUGAACAUCUCGCUGCCUUUUUUUAAUGCCUUUAAUUUUUCCUCUUGGAAACUAAACAGUUCUAAAUAAAAAUAAAGAAUACAGAUAAAUAUAUUUAAAAAAUGCAGCAACAAACAAGUAAAUCUUAUCAGUGAUAAACAUUUUUAAAAAAAAAAUGAAAUAAAAUGAAAUAUUACUACUGGUACUGGUACAUUACUGAGUGAUGAAGAAUCAAUGUAGCCACAUCAAAAGUAAAAUUAAUAGUCUUAUUUAUUGGAGGCAUUAAUUUUAGUUAAUACACUUGAAAUAGUUAAAAAUACUUCCAGACCCUGCUCCUGCUAAACAUUAAAAAAUAUAUUGAAAGAAUAUAUUAUAUGCUACUUUAGAUUGGAAAGAAAAGACAUGUACUAUCAUGUACUGGUGCAUAAAUUAUCUUUAUUAUCAUAUUAGGGUCUUUCAGCUAUUUGACCAGAAUAUUACAGAUGUUAAUAAAUUAAUUGUUUAAUUUUCAGGGAACAUGUAUCGGAGAGGUGCCAGGAGGUGGAGAAAAUUGUAUAGAGUUAAUGGUCAUUUGUUUCAAGCCAAAAGAUUUUCCAGGGUAAGCAUUAGAAAGAUUUAUGGAACAAAUUACUGUAGAUUCAUUCCAAUUAAAAAUUGUAAUUCAUUCUUACAUUUUGUCAUAGCUUGAAAUAGAAUGAUCUAAGAGUAAAUUCCUGUAACAGAUUUGUAAAUGUUCAGUGUUGGUUUAACUAUGCAGGAAAAGAAGUUGCUUAAACAUGCACAUUGUGAUUGAUUUUUUAAAUGAAAAAGCUCUACAUAUUGUAAUAUCAUGAUUGUUAGGUAAAUUGAGCUUCAUCAAACUGCCUUAUAAAAAAAAUGAUCAUCCUUUUGCAAACAGCACAAAUAGUGCUUUCAAGCUGUAAAAAAAUAAAGCAAUGAUUUUUUGCCAAAGGCAAAUGGCUUUUCAGUAUUAAAUGUUUAUAGGUACUUUAUACAGAAUGGAUGUUGUUUAUUUUUACCUGGUUUAAUUUGCUUGGUGUGUGUAGUCAAUUUGAUUGGUAUUGCUUUGUAAGUACACUAGGGUUGGGCAACCUUUUUCAAAAAGGACCUUUAAUAGAAGUACAAGUAAGUUUAACUUAUUCUUGUCAACUGUCUUACCAGGUACUCUAUCUCAUAUUUUCAUCGGAACUGGUUUUUAAAAAAAAUUUAUUUCUCUAUAAGCAGACCUGUUUACUCUUAAAAUCUUACAAUAUCAUCACAAAAUCGUUCAAUACCUUAUAUUUAUAAAAAUUAACAUACAGUAUAUAUAAUGUAUGCGCCUCAAAAUCGUACAUUGUAGACCAAAAUUGUAAAAGUAAACAGGUCUGUAUACCAAUUAAAUACUGGUAAUUAUAAAAACUUUAUAUUAAUAAAUGCAUCCAAAUUUAACGGUGUAGCAAUAUCCUGGUAACUUAACAAACACGGAAAACCAGAUAUUGUACAAUAGACUCUAUCAAGUGCUAUAUAAAAAUCAUGUGUAUAAAAAUCAUGUGUAAAUUUAAAUGGUCAAGGGUUGUCAUGCUUAUGGUUUUCAGUCAUGAUUGGGGGUUGCCGGUCCUAGUGUUUCAUUUAUUUAGGGAGUUUGAUCUCCCUUCUAGAUAAGUAGAAUUAGCUUGAGUUGGUUAUACACAACCAACGAGUUUCCAAUGAUAGGUAGUAUUUAAUAGGGUGAUGGAUAAGAAUGGCAUGAAGAUUUCUGUUAUUAUGUAGUUUCAGCAUGGCCAUUUGAUUUUCUUCUGUAGAAAAAUUUGAUUUUAAUAAAAAAUUUAAUUAAGUUAUAAAUGUUACUGAAUUUGUAACUGAGUAAUUAAUCACAGAAGUAUGUUGGUAAGUUGGUUGGUUUUUCAAAUUUGAGGAUCAGAAAUGAUUUUAUAAAAAUAUUUCACUCAUUGACCUCCCCUUUUUCAAUACUAAGUUAUCUCCCAUUAAUUUUAACUUUUAAAAAAAAAAAAAAAUUUUUUUUAAAGUGCAGUUCCCUCUUUCUCUAAGCAUUAUCUCUACAGCAGUCCAUUUGUAUAGAGAUUUAACAGCACAGAUGUUUUUCAGAAAGCUGCAUGUGCAUACUGCUCUGAUCGAAUUUGGGGUCUUGGUCGUCAGGGAUUCAAAUGCAUCAACUGCAGAGUGACAGUACACAAACGAUGUCAUAAACUUUACAAGAAAUUAUGUGGGACUAUUGAGGUCAGAUAACUACUUAAGUAUGGAAGGAAAUAAAAUUAUCUUAUCUCAGAUGAAUUUUUAGUAAUGAAGACGCCACCCACGAAGCAGAAAUUUAAUAUAUUUUAAAUUGUGUGUGCCAAAAAAUUAAUUCAGUUCGCUUGUAUCAAUUUUCCAUUUUGGUCACUUAUAAUAAUUUUUCCAAAGGACCAUCAUGAGAGCUCCAUGAAAAGUUUAAAAAAAAAGAAAGAAAACUUCUGAAUUCUAUUCAGAACUGAAUUGAAAUAUGAUAAGCAUGCGUUUGUAAAUUUAGGCUUUUUCUUUAAGUUUUUUACUUGAUUCUAUUCUUAUUUAUUUCUUUUCUUUUUUGAGCGUGGAAUGAUUUUAAAUGUUGAAGUGUUAUGUGCAAAAUUCAAUCAUUUGCUAAAUUUGAAUGAAUAGUGGAACUAGUGAUGCAUUGAUCCUGAUUCAUCCAGUUUUGAACCUGAAAUAAAUCUCAGUUUUGCUAUUUACAAUUUUGAAUUAGUUCAUGUUGAGCCAAUUUCAAGAAAAAAUUCAAUAAAAACACUCCUUGCUAUCCAAAAUUUAUUACUUAACAUUGGAAGAACACUUCUUAAAUAGAGAUUGUUGAUGUUUGUUUGACAUAACAGAUUUUUCUACAUUUUAAAAAAUUUCUAUUCAUUUUUUUUCCUUCUUUGGUCCCCAAUCUUUAACUGUUAAAACCCAUCCAUUUUUUUAAUUUCAAAUACAUAAUGUGGCAAUCUAUUACAUAGCAAUAUCUUACCCCCCCUUUUUUUUAACAAAUUAGUUUUUUUUAUAGUUAAAGCUAUUAAGCAGAAUUAUCAUUGAUUUUUUAAAUUAUUUUUGUUUACAUUUUUCUUUAUAUUACCUCAGGAAGAUCAUCAUGGCUCACCACAAAAUGGUGAAAAGGGAGCGUCGGGACAGAGCAGGCCAUCAAACGGAGAUGCUAAAUGUAAUGUUGCAUUUAAUUAUAAGUCAAUGUCCUGCAAGGUUUUACAAAAUAUUUCUUCAUGUAUCUUUAAACUUAAACCAUUAUUAUUUUAAAAAAUUCAGGUUGAUAUAAUGGUUGCAUAUAUUAUCAAAAUCAGCCAGGUAUUCUCUUUAAUAGCCUGCUGGGAGGCAAGGAGUUUCUUAGAAUUGUUGCCCAAAAGGUUCCGAUCGCCUGAGGUGUCAUGUCCAUGUGCAAUAUCUUCUUAUGGGGAGGAAAGGGGUUUCAUGUCUGAUUCAGGUGUAUUGUAUCACUGCCACCUGACACAGUAGAAAUAAUGUUAAAUAAUGCCUGGGUUACCUCAGAGUAUACAAAUCGUUGUACAAGAGCUAAGACUAUUUAGAAAGGUUGUUUAUUAUGCACUGAAUUCAGAUCUCAAAUUUUAUUUACCUAUUUCUUCAGAUCAAAGACCACAAUCAAGUUUACCUGUGGAGUAUGGCAAAGAGGUGAGCUCAUCGGCUGUUUAUUUUUUAAAAUAUUUUUUUGGAAAGAAAAUGCUCUGAAACAAAUAUCUUUACGUGGUGUGUCACAUUGACUUAACUUGCUGAGGAAAAGAUAUGGCAUUACCUGAUUCUUUCAGCAGUUACAAGUGAUAUAGCUACCCCGUUGUUUUAAUAAGGCUGAUUACCUGGUGGGGUGUGUAUUUUGAUUGCAUGCUGUUUAUGGGGCCGAUACUUUACAAAUACCUUGAUUUUCCAAUGUUCGUAUAGUGGGCCUGAAGUUUGUAUCAACACAACAUAAAAUGAUUCCAUACUUAUUCCUUAUUUAUUCCAUAUCAUGGGACUUAAUUAUUACACAUCAUGCAAUGUCACAACAAUUUGAGUCAUAUUUAUUUAUUUAUUUAGGCAUUUUUAUAUAGCGCUUACCUUAAAGCUCUAAGCGCUUUACAUUUAUUAAAAACAUGUAAACUAACUAAAAUAAAAAUGAGACAUUAGGAUAGUAACUACUAUACUAUAGAAACAAUUAAAAUGGCCAUAAAACAAGGACACUUUGGCACUUUUUGGCCUAUAUUACAGGAUUAACCCGAGACAGAAAAUAUUUCAAUCUAAGGAUAUAAUUGAUGUUUGUGAUGGUAAAGAGAGGGGAUAACAUUUGCUCUCUUUCCAAAAGUUGGUUAAAGUUGUUACAGUUCAUGACUUUUUCCAAUGGAGCUUAAAAUAAAGGCUUUACUUAAAGUAGAAUUGAGAUCUUGAUGACUGAAGAAACAGGGACAUAUCUAUUUGAUCAAAGCUCUCCAGUCAUAACUUCUUGUAAGAUUUUUAUUAUGGUAGAAGAAGCCAUCUGUCUCUUUUUUUUUUUUUUUUUAAAUUCAAAAAAUCAAAAAAAGGAUUUUAAAAUUAAUUUGUCCACCUUUUUCAAUCUCUUUUUUCCUGUUUUAUAAGGUUAUAUUCUGCAGUCGUGAAUGUACAAAACAUUUUGAUUACAAUCAAGACUGUAGAGGUUCAAAUUUUAGGCACUUAGAUGUACUUUUUAAAAAGAUGUUAUAUUUGGUUAAAUCCUUUAAAAAACCAGCAAAAACAUUAAUUGUUCCCUACUUGUAUUUCUCAUGUGUCCUACUUGUAUCUCUCAUGUUCCCUAAUUGUAUCUGUCAUGCUGGCCUCAGGAGAUGAAGGUGGAGACCACAGAAGAGGUACCUUGCAUUGUUUUGGUUUGCUUGUAUUAUGUUGAGAAACAGUUUUAUUCAGUUUACUGUUUGUUUUUUGUUUAAACAGAGGACAGGCUGUCACAAUGUGACAGUUGAACUGUGUGGAAAAAAAAUAAUAUGAAUGAUGCACGCCUAGCACAAUUCAACAGAUUUAUGUCAGAACAGGAAUGAAGUAUCCUCACAGUCUGAUAGUUUCUCUAGGACAGAUGUGAUACACUACAACACUGUGACUUUUUAACUACCCAGAGCAGGGUUUCUCAUAGAGCUAGCAGGUCAAGGGCUGUGAGGGAAAGUAUUUAAGAACACAGAAACAUGGACUUAUAAGAUAGUAUAUUAAUUUUUCGAUGCAAAACAAUUACAAGUCAAUAUCCAUGCUAAACAAAUAAAUCUCAAGUUUAUUUUUAAGUACAGAUCUCUUUGUAAUUCAAUUUAAAAAAGUAUUUUUUUUUCCCUUCCAAUUUAAAGUGCAUUGUUAAUUUCGUAAGGUUUUCAAGACUUGAUCAAACAGUUCAUGGGCGGUUCCGAAAAGGUUGGGAAACCCUGAUCUGAAAAAUGGAAUGAUCACUGUCAAAGUCUAACCAUGUGCCCAAAUACAAGUUGUGCACAGCUUUGAACUAAUUUUCAUAAGGUCAUGGGAAAUUUUGUUUGUCAGCUGCUAAAUUAACAUAAGUAAGCAUAAAGCUCUACUUCCUAACAUGUUCACACUAUCUGAAUCCCUAGCUGACAGAACUUAUCUUAGAAUAUGGCCUGAAACUAAUAGAUUUUGAUAUUAAUUUUUUUUACCAGGACCAAAUACACAUUUUCUAAACUUCAGUCUGCACUAGUUUCCAUGUGGGCUUUAUUAAUUUUGUACUGAUAUUUCGCUGUUGAAAUAUUUAAAGUAUUCUAAAAGAGGAAAAAAUUACACUAAUUUGAUUUUUUAAAUUCUGGGAAUGAGCAUAUUAAAAUACUAGAUGAUGACUCUAUUUAAGAUUUGCCUGAACCAUGGCCAUGGAAUGAGCUAAGUAUUUCUAUGGAAUAUUUAAAAAAAAGCAGCUGCCAUUUACAUUUUUACAUAUUAAAUAUUAUUAUUAUUAUUUAGGCAUUUUUUGUAUAGCGCUUACCUUACAGCUCUAAGCGCUUUACAAUUAUUAAAAAUAUGUAAACUAUUUAUAAACUGCUAAAGCAAAAUAAAAAUGAAAAACCAGAUUCUAGGAAAUCUAUCACAUUUUCACACAUUGUAUAGAAAUGUAGUUAAUAUUCCAAAAGUUAAAAUCCUCACAAUUUUUCCAACAUCGAUUUGAUGAAAGGUUUUUGACUCCUUGUACAUUUUUUUUUAAUUCACCAAUAAUUUCUUUCUAAAAAAUGCCUACCCCAUGUUUUCCCAUGUCCUGUGUACAUUUGAAUGAUGUUUACUAUCAGACUCUAGAAUGAGUGUCAGAGGUGCCCACAGUUCUGUCACAGUUUCACUGGACCUCUGGUUCAUUUGUUCUACUUUUUUUUUUUUUUUUUUUUUUUUUUUUUUUUUUUUUUUUUUUUUUUUUUUUUUUUUUUUUUUUUUUUUUUUUUUUUUUUUUUUUUUUUUUUUUUUUUUUUUUUUUUUUUAUUUUUUUUUUAACUGUUUUUUUUUUUUUUAUUUUUUUUUUUUUUUUUUUUUUUUUUUUUUUUUUUUUUUUUUUUUUUUUUUUUUUUUUUUUUUUUUUUUUUUUUUUUUUUUUUUUUUUUUUUUUUUUUUUUUUUUUUUUUUUUUUUUUGUAAUUUAAUUUCUACUGUCCUUAGUCCAAUGGUUGAUUGUAAUUGAUAGAUGUCUUGUCACUUUGACUUUAAUUUGCUAUCAACAAGUUUGUUGUUUUUUUAGGUUUGAUAGGGUUUUUGCCUAUGUCUUACAAAAACAGGGUUUUGGAGGUUGCACAUUUUUUAGUGCUCCCCUCCUACUCAGCACCAGGUAAUUUUUGUGGAGCCCUGCUCCAGUUCUGGGGAUUAUAAAGCUCCAAAGCCCUGUACAAAUGUACAAUGUUUUUUUAGCAUUAUUUUAGGCAUUGACUGUGCUAUGUGUGGGUUUUUUUAUGUAAAUAUUUUAUUUUUAAAAAUCUUUUGUUUUUUAUUAGUGAGUGCCCACCUUCCAUUCAGUCAUGGGCUAAAGUUCUCUCCCCUCUAAGAUGAUCAGCCUUUGUAAGCUGUGGCUCUGAAUGAUUACCUGCUUUAUUGGCAGUAUUAAUUGAAGACAUUUGCUUUCUUCAGCCUAACAGGUUUUAGGGGCACUUAUUUGGUGGCCCUUCAUGAUUAACUUAUAAAAAGUGUCCAAUAAUUUUAGUGCAUACAGCAUUAAGAUAUAGGUCUAUGUUAAAGAAAUUAAAAUUAUAUAAAGUACAUAAUUGCUUUAGGGACCCUCUUUUUACGCAAGGCCCAAAACAGCCAUGGCACCGUUUAAAAGAAAAAUAUUGUUUUGUUGACAAUGACUCAUGGCAAGUCGACUGUAUUUUAUUUCCACCCUCAUGUUUGUAGGCUGGAUGCGAUGAUGAUGAGGAAGAGGAUCAUUUCCAUGAUGCCGAGUCCAACUGGGUAUACACCAACUUAAUUUUUUUUUACAACAUCAUAAGCCAACAUUAUCAUUAUAAGUAUUUAAACAAAUUUUUUUUGGAGACAUGCUUUUUGUCAAAGUUUAUGUUUGUCUGACGUUAGACGCUCUAUUUUCGGCCUGUGUGUCUGUUGGAGUCUGUUGCCUGCGCUCAUGGCUGGAAUGGUUUAUAGUCAUUUUUGGUUCAUUUUUCUAUUCAUGUUUUGCUGUGCCCAUCAUUGCAUAUUAUUACUGCACCCAGCUUUUUUGUUUCGUGACAUGUUUUAUUUCUGUAUGUUAAUUGGUAAAAGAAAGAAAAAUCCACUUCCGUGUUUUAAUAAUAGGAGCAUUGAAAGGUGCAAGCUGAUAAGUGGUAUUGAAGCGUUAUUAUACUUAUUGUCCACAUAAAAUUUAGAUUUUUUAAAAUAAAAGCAAAUUUAAAGGGAGUUGUUAGGAAUUUUAAAAAUCGCAUACACUUAAGAAAAUGUGAACAUUUUUUUUAUGAACUUAAUAUGAAAAAAUGAAAAAAAAAGAAACAUAAUUGUAAAUAAAUUUUGUUUUCUUAGAUUUAUUUUUGUCAAUAAAGACAGUUAUAAAAUUUGAGGCAAAUCCUUAAACACUGAUAAGAAUCUACAACAGUGAACGUUUUUUUAAAAACUAUUAAACUAAAAUAUUGACACAAAAAACAGCUAUUUGGCCACAUAUAUUAUUGUAUUUGUUGUUGAUUGAUGGGGAAAAGGAGGGGGGGGGUAUCUCUAACACCUUGUACACAUCCUGACCUCUGAUUACAAGCUCACAUAUUUUUUUAUUUUACGCUUCUACUAAUGUGCACAAGUGUAAGGGCAUGUUACUCUGAUAAGGGCCAGACAACAUGCUCUUCAUAAAAUGAAGGGCAGAACAUAUCCAAGGGUGACCAUAUAGUGGAAAUUAUUUUUUUUAAAAAUCAAAUACGAAAAACACUUUUGUUAAAGUAAUUAACUGUAACAAAAUUCAUAAGAUUCAAUUUAAAAAUUUCAAGAUAUUUUUCAAAGUACCAAUUCAUUUGUGUGUGGGAUCAUGCACUUGUCCUUAUAUUGUAUCACUGCAAUCUUUAUCAAUCAAUCAAUCUUUAUCAACCAAUCUCCAUGAGGCAAUAUGGUGGAAUCCACAACAUAAAAGAACACCUGGGACCAUUUAUUAAAAAUUUCCUUUUUUAAAAAGAGUACUCUCUUUUUGGUUCAGAUGUUUCCCCCUUAUUAUCACAAUGGAGCUAAUAUCUACAGUUUAUUGUAAAACAAAAUAUGGUCACCCUUAAAAUAGAUAUGUGUACAUAUGCAUAUGAUCUAUCUGCUUUUAUAUGUUAUAAUGAUCCAAAGGCUCCCCCCCCCCCCCCCCCCCCCCCCCCCCCCACCCCCCCCCCCCCCCCCCCACCCCCAAACCAUGACUGAUGUGCUUAACAGCCCUGAUUUUCUACCAAAUAUCCUAUUUCAAACUUGUUAGUUUUCUUGCAAUGAACAUUUGAUUAACCUAAAACAAGACAUUUACUCAUUUAGCAGCAACAAGAGAUUUUAAAAUAUACAGCUACUUAAAACGCAACCGGCAUAUUUUUCUGUGACUUGAGCUAAUGUUUGGUAUACCCCACCAGGACAACUGGCAUAUAUUUCUAUGACUAGAGCUAAUGUUUGGUAUACCCCACCAGGACAACUGGCAUAUAUUUCUGUGACUUGAGCUAAUGUUUGGUAUACCCCACCAGGACAACUGGCAUAUAUUUCUAUGACUAGAGCUAAUGUUUGGUAUACCUCACCAGGACUAGCAGCAUAUUUGUCUCUGACUUGAGCUUAUGUUUGGUGUACUCCGCCUGGACUAGUGCUAGGCUUUGUGUUAAAAAGCUAAUCAUUCUCAGUGUUGUAUUGUUUCAUUGGACUUUUAAAAAUGAUUAAGUUUGUAAUUAUAAAAUUGUUGGUUCCUCCUAAAUUGCUGUAAGUGUGCAGGAAUGCUCUUUGUCAAAUGUUGGUCAUUGUCAAUUUGGAGAUGAUCCGGUGUCGGCUGUUCAUUAUCAGAGACUGAGGAUUAAGUACGUGCUAUCAAUAAACCAAAUCAGGAAAAACAAUGUCAGGAAUGACAUAAAAUGGUGAAUGUGUGGGCAUCUCAAGGUCAACACUAUAAUAUGCAGAACACAUUCUUUAUAUGCACAUGCUGGAGUGGUUUAUUUGGUAUAAAGUGCAGAAUGUGUGGGCAUCUCAAGAUAAAUACUAUAAUAUUCAGAACACAUUCUUUAUAUGCACAUGCUGGAGUGGUUUCAUCUGCAUUUUCUAUAUCAGGUAUCUCCAGAUUCUUACUGCACCUAUUCAAUCUGGGUUUCCUGUGUGCAUAAAAAAAAAUUUUGUUUUAAAAAAUCUACAUUUACAUAUUGCCUUUAAAUAAUUUUGGUUAAGUUAUUUGAAUCUAAUUCCUUUAAUUGUUUAUACAUUUAUAAAUGAGAGCUUUUUUUAAACGACCGUUGUAACAUUAAUUAUAGUUACAUUGCUAAAAAAAGAACAGCUAAUAAAAUGUAAGCUAUCCCCUGGAUAAAAUACUGGCAUUAAUAUCUAUGCCUAACUUCGGCUGGAUAUCUUUAAAGUUUAUUUUGCAUUUUAGGUUUGCUGUGUUGCUUUAAAUAUUUAUUUAAUUCAGAAUUCUGUGCUGCUAGAUUUUUUUUUUUAAAAAUCACGUUUAUAGAUGUUGUGUCAGUUUUAUUUGUGUUUUUAUUUAAAGUUAAAUAUCUAUAAAUAACUUUUCAUGGGCCCAAAAAAUCCUCUCAUGUUUUUUAGUAGGUUAUAUAAUGUUAUCAAGGAACUCUAUUUAUUUCUUUAAAAAUGUCCUAUCUGCUUGAGCUGUCACAUAAAACAAAGAACAAUUUGUAUGUGCUACCUGUUUGUUUUAAAAUAAUUUUGUUUAUUUAAGAAGAAAAAAAGAAAAGGACAGUUUUUAACAAUUUCUUAGAGUUAAUUAAACUUUGCAAUUAUCAUUUGCUGGUUGUUAGAGCUACCCAUUUUAUUUGAAUUCUUAUCAAAAAUUAUUUUAAUUUGUACAUUGCACUGCUUUUCUAAUUUUCAUAUUAUGCACAGAUGAGUGUUCAUUAUCGUUAACAGGGAUUUUUAGUUAUAUGAGAAUCAUCAUAUUCUGGCUUGAGUGAGAUCCCUUAAAUUUAUAUAAAAAAUAUCCAGAAAUCUAUAGUUUGUAAAGCCAGUUGCCAGUUUGUUCUUAUCUGGGUUGGAUAACAAACUUUAUUUUCAUCAAAGGAACAACUUCUCACCCUGCAGCCCAGAUCUCAUACAUUACACAUAGUUAUUCUGUUGACACUUAUCGUUGAUUUUAGUGUGUGCUGACAUCCUACAUUCAAUAAUAUUCUGUCCGAUCCAGAGUUGGCCUGCCGUCUUGCAACUUUGGUGGUUGAAGUUUUUUCACUCAGGUUUUUCCUCAUGUCCAAGAAUUGUCUGGCUUACUGGCCGCACAAGUCUGUCCAAGACUUGUCUGGCUCACUGGCCGCACAAGUCUGUCCAAGACUUGGCUGGCUCACUGGCCACACAGCUCUAUUCCUCCCACAAAUUGGAACCCACCACCUACUGUUUAUGAGGCAGACAUCAUUAGCAUUGUGUGCCGAAAUGAAACAAAAUAUUUUUCAAAGCUUAUCAGCAAACCACCAGCACUUUGUUAAAAAAUAUACGAAGAGGCCAAUGCCCCAGGUUAGGAACUGUUUUAAAAAAAAAAGUCAUUUUUUCAUAAUUAAUUGUAAAAAAACCACCAACUGAGUAUCCUAAUAUAAUCAAACAAAUGUGGUUGUUUUCAUUUGCUUCAUUGGAACCCAUAGUCUUUAUUUACACAACAUAUUCCACCAUGAAGUCUCUUGCUCUAUCAUUAUUGUCUAUUCAAGAUCUAUCUCAAUGUGUGCGUCUAGUACAUUUUAUAGAUCUAGUUGAGUGCCACCCAGCGAUAGGUAGUAACAAGUGUAUCUAAUAUUAGCGCCUGAUUGCUCACUAACUCUUUGCAUUUUUUCCUUUUGGUUUUCUCUUUUCAUAACUUGACCCUUGACCCUGGCAGACAGUGAAAGUUGAGGUAAGAAACUUUCCACGUCUUUGCUAUAAUGAAGAUUAUUCUCACUCAGACAUCAUCAUACAUUUUUGUCUCAGCCAUUUAUGAUUACAUAUAAAUGUAUUGAAUUUGUAUUAAUUGAUAAGAGCCACAUAUGUCACAUAUCAUCACCUCACAUAUGUUGUAUGGCUUAAUGGUGGUAGUAGUAUGUGUUUCUAGACUAAAUUAUUUCAUGCCCCUGUAUGAACAUUUCAUAUGUAUUUUAUUAAUUUUUUUUUUUUCAAAUGCAACUAUUUUAAUCUUUAUUUUAAAAAUUCAAAAAACCGUUUAGUCCUUUUACAGAUUGAAAUCCAUUUUAAAAAUAGCUAUCCAAUCAGGAAAGAGACUAUAUGUUUCUUAAUAACCAAUCAGUAUUCUUUUAGAAAUAAUGGUUUCACUAUGACACUUCAACUGUAGCAACCCCUUGGAAUUUUUCUCUUGUACAGACUAUUUUUUUCUCUCUUCAAUAUAGCCAUCUCCAGGUAAUGCAGAUAGUGGUCAGUUGACGCUUGACCACUUCCAGCUGCUGCGGGUCAUUGGCAGAGGGAGCUACGCUAAGGUCUUGCAGGUAGAACACAAGAAGACGAAGAGGAUCUAUGCCAUGAAGGUCAUCAAGAAGGAGCUCGUCAAUGAUGACGAGGUCAGUGAUUUAUAUGACAGCUGCACGCUGGUGCAGAAAGCAACACCACCUUAAAGAAAACCGUGAUUAAAAGUACCUCUCUGUAGAAGUAGCUGUAGUAAGCCUGUGAUUAAUUUAAAGUAGCUCUUUGUAGAAGUAGCUGUAGUAAGCCUGUGAUUAAUUUAAAGUAGAUCUUUGUAGAAGUAGCUGUAGUAAGCCUGUGAUUAAAAGUAGCUCUUUGUAGAAGUAGCUGUAGCCAGACUUUAUCUAGUUAAAAAAAAAUAUCACAAAUGUUGACCUUAAACCUAUCUUUGAUUAUUCUCCACACAGGACAUUGACUGGGUACAGACAGAGAAGCAUGUGUUUGAGGCUGCCACUAACUAUCCAUUCCUUGUUGGACUACAUUCCUGCUUCCAGACUUCCAGCAGGUACAGAAGGGGUGGGGUGGGGUGGGUGUUUUUAAAACUAUGUCAAGCUCAGUUACACUGCUAGUCAUUGUUUGUAAAGAUAUUAAUAUCAUGGUUUGUCGAUUAUUGACCUUGUCGGUUGUUUUUUUUUAUGAUAGUUAUCAAGUCAUUGGGAUAUUAUUUCUUUGUCAUUUUCAAACAAUGUAACUUGCUUUUUAAAUCCAUUUAAAGACUUUUGAAUUUAAAAUGAAAUAUUUACCCUUCCUAGGAAAGAUCAUAGUCAGUUUCCUGAAAUCAAAUUUGCAUUAUGGGGACUGAUAAUACCAUGUGUUUAUGUUGUACUGAUGAUUACCGUGAGCUGCUUAUUUAACAUCGUACUAGUGAAUGUAUGUUGUACCAGUAAUAAAUGUGUAUAUGGCACUAGUGUUAACUGUAGUUAUGCCCUUCAUAUAGUUUUAACUGUUGAUAUUCCUAUUUUUCCACCCCAUUCUGCCUUGGCCAGACUGUUCUUUGUGAUUGAAUUUGUCAAUGGUGGUGACCUGAUGUUCCACAUGCAAAGACAGAGGAGGUUGCCCGAGGAACACGCCAGGUUCUAUGCUGCUGAAAUUUGCCUGGCACUGAACUUUCUUCAUGAAAGAGGUAAGUCAUGACUUGGUACUACCUUGAGCAGUUGUGGAGUCAUAGGUGGGCCACAUGCGGCCAACUGAAAAGUUUCAACUGGCCAGCUAGACCUUCGGAAACUGGGUUAAUUUUCAUUUAAAAUGUACAAAUUUUGAAUGAUUAUCUGUAAAAGCUUUUGAAAAUUAAUUAUCUUAGUGUAGAAUUUAUUGUCAAGCUGAGUCAUAAUAAUAAUAAUAAUUUAAUAAUAUUGUGUUAAACAUUAUUACCAGCUUAUUUUUUAACUGAACUCUGGGUGAAUUUUCAAAGACCAUCUUAAAUGAUUCCUAUAGAAUUAUCAUGCAGCUGUAAAAAAAAACAUUUCCAUGCGACCCUUUGGACACAGAAAGUUUCCCGCUCCUGAUUUAGUGAUAGUUUUAUUAAGUGCAGUGUACAUGUAACAAAGGAGAUGAGUAGUUUUAGUAAAUUAAAUUGCAUUAUUUUUUUUGAUUUGGAUUUGGGUUCAUUGUUUGUGUACAAAAUGUGUGGGGUAUUGGGUCCAUGUUUUUGUACAAAAUGUGUGGGGUAUUGGGUCCAUGUUUUGUGUACAGAGGUUGUGCUGUAGUGGGUCCAUGUUUUGUGUACAAAAUGUGUGGGGCAUUGGGUCCAUGUUUUGUAGGGGUGUGCCGGAAUCCGGUCCGGAAUCCGGUUCCGCAGGAUUUUGCACUAUCCGGUGAAAUCCGGUUCCGCCGGAUUUACAUGUAUCCAGAACAACCGGAAUCCGAAAUAUACCGGAUUUCGGAAUUUGCCAGAUUUUGUGACUCACCAGAUCAUAAUCUGAAAUAAAAGUAAUUCUCUUUCCCAAAUUCCACACGAUCACGAUACAUUAAUCGAUUGUUUCGAGCGUUGAGCUUGUUUAAUGUUUAAUAUUCCGAACAUACCAGAGGCUAGAGUCAGCACCGCUAAUAGUGGCCAAUAGUAGGGACUUUGAUAAGAAAAUUUAAACUUUUUGUAAAAAUAAACCAAUGGCAUAGUUGAAAAGAGGUAAUUUUUUAAUGAAUUAUAACACCAAAAUCAUAUUUUUAGCUGUUGUAGUUUUAAAGUUAUGAAUUUUUAAAGUACGACUUGGUUUGUCAUUUUUUAACAUGGACUGCAUCUCCACAUUCUGUGACCUCAUUCCACUGAUCGCGUCAUGCGCAAUGACUAUAUAGUUUAUAUAAGGCAACACAUUCCCAUCCUUAUCACUAAAAUACUGUUUAGACUUAGUUUAAACUUUCAACUUUGGCACAUGAAUAAUUAAUUAAAGCUUUCCCUGACCAAUGGUUUAAUAGUUUUUGCACACGGCAAACUCUUAUGAAUGAAACUCUGAGGUAGUACUACGAUACAGUUAUGCAAGUGGCUGUGAAUGGUUGCCAAUGACAACGUGUUGCACACGGUAAAUUCUGAUCAUUUAUAAUAUGGAUUCUACCGGGUUGUUAAAGCUCAAAUUAAAACAUUCCAGUUUAAAUGUCUUUAAAUGCAUUCUGAAACACAAGUUAUCAAUUAUUUUGAUGUAAAUAGUGAUAAUAAAUUAAUAUUUCCUAAGUAUCGUCAACUUCCGCCAUUAAAAAGGGGGGCGUGGCCAACCCCAUGGCGAAAUUAGGUUGAGCGAGCUGCAUGACCUGCUGCGAACGCGUAGAAACAUGGCGUCUCUCGUAAGACACUUAUCGCUGUGAAAAUUGGCAUACGUGUAGAUCAAUAGAUUCCCCAGAUGCAAAAAAAAUUUGGUAGUGACAAAUUUUUUCCUUCGACUUAAUUUUAAUGAUGAAAGUUGCCUUAUAUUUACCAAGGAUUUUCUCAAAGCUGACUGAUGGUAAAUGAAAAAAGUAAUUGAUUAAAAUGUAGGCCAAGAUGUCUACCUAAUUAUAAGGCCGAAAACGGAACUCAAAUAUAUAUCGAAAGUACUAAUUUAAUAAUAAAUAGACACACACAUCGGAAAAUUAAAAACUCGGAUUUUUUGGCGCCGAUUGCGAAUUCCCAUACACAAAAAGUAGUAGUCUACCUUGACUUCCCGAAGUAUCUACCAAUAGUUCGAAAAUCCGGAAUCCGGGAGAAACCGGAAUCCGGAUUAUUCCGGAAUCCGGAUCCGGCGGAUUUCGCAUAAGAAAAUCCGGAUCCGGUUGGAAAAAACGGAUCCUGCACACCCCUAAUGUUUUGUGUACAUAGGUUUUACUCUGACUGGCUUGUAGAAUGUUUGUUUUUUCCCCCCAUUCUCCACCAGGUAUAGUGUACAGAGACCUGAAGCUAGACAACGUUUUGUUGGACGCUGAAGGACACAUCAAACUGACUGAUUAUGGCAUGUGUAAGGUCAGUGGUCUAAAUUUACCUUUAAAAAAAUGAUAAACAAGAUCAAUCUAUUUUAAAAAAAACCAAAAGGCAAGGGAUAACUCAGUCACUAGAAAUGGAGACGAAAAAGUAACAUAAUAAUUAUUUCUUUGCAACACAUCAACACAUGUCAUGAAUAUUUUGACAUGGAGUUUGAAUGUAUCAACAUGCCUCGUGAACAUUUUAACAUGCAUCAUGUACAUUUCACAUGACGAUUUUGACAUACAAACAUCAUGAACAUUUCAACAUGAACAAUUAAACGAACAAUUAAACACGCUUCAUGAACAUUUCAACAUGAACAAAUAAACACACUUCAUGAACUUUUCAACAUGAACAAUUAAACAUGCUUCAUGAACAUUUCAACAUGAACAAUUAAACACGCUUCAUGAACAUUUCAACAUGAACAAUUAAACAUGCUUCAUGAACAUUUCAACAUGAACAAUUAAACAUGCCUCAUGAACAUUUCAACAUGAACAAUUAAACACACUUCAUGAACUUUUCAACAUGAACAAUUAAACAUGCUUCAUGAACAUUUCAACAUGAACAAUUAAACACACUUCAUGAACUUUUCAACAUGAACAAUUAAACAUGCUUCAUGAACAUUUCAACAUGAACAAUUAAACAUGCAUCAUGAACAUUUCAACAUGAACAAUUAAACAUGCUUCAUGAAAAUUUCAACAUGAACAAUUAAACAUGCAUCAUGAACAUUUCAACAUGAACAAUUCAACACGCUUCAUGAACAUUUCAACAUGAACAAUUAAACACGCUUCAUGAACAUUUCAACAUGAACAUUUCAAGAUGAACAAUUAAACACACUUCAUGAACAUGUCAACAUGAACAAUUUAACACGUUUCAUGAAUAUUUCAACAUGAAAAAUUAAACAUGCCUCAUGAAUAUUUCAACAUGAACAAUUAAACACGCUUCAUGAACAUUUCAACAUGAACAAUUAAACACGCUUCAUGAACAUUUCAACAUGAACAAUUAAACAUGCUUCAUGAAUAUUUCAACAUGAACAAUUAAACAUACAUCAUGAACAUUUCAACAUGAACAAUUAAACACCCUUCACGAACAUUUCAACAUGAACAAUUAAACACGCUUCAUGAACAUUUCAACAUGAACAAUUAAACACGCUUCAUGAACAUUUCAACAUGAACAAUUAAACAUGCUUCAUGAACAUUUCAACAUGAAAAAUUAAACACGCUUCAUGAACAUUUCAACAUGAACAAUUAAACACGCUUCAUUAACAUUUCAACAUGAACAAUUAAACAUGCUUCAUGAACAUUUCAACAUGAACAAUUAAACAUACAUCAUGAACAUUUCAACAUGAACAAUUAACACCCUUCAUGAACAUUUCAACAUGAACAAUUAAACAUGCUUCAUGAAAAUUUCAACAUGAACAAUUAAACAUACAUCAUGAACAUUUCAAUAUGAACAAUUAAACACCCUUCAUGAACAUUUCUACAUGAACAAUUAAACAUGCUUCAUGAACAUUUCAACAUGAACAAUUAAACACCCUUCAUGAACAUUUCAACAUGAACAAUUAAACACGCUUCAUGAACAUUUCAACAUGAACAAUUAAACACGCUUCAUGAACAUUUCAACAUGAACAAUUUAACACGCUUCAUGAACAUUUCAACAUGAAAAAUUAAACAUGCUUCAUGAACAUUUCAACAUGAACAAUUAAACACGCUUCAUGAACAUUUUAACAUGAACAAUUAAACACGCUUCAUGAACAUUUCAACAUGAACAAUUAAACAUGCUUCAUGAACAUUUCAACAUGAACAAUUAAACAUGCUUCAUGAACAUUUCAACAUGAACAAUUAAACACGCUUCAUGAACAUUUCAACAUGAACAAUUAAACACGCUUCAUGAACAUUUCAACAUGAACAAUUAAACAUGCAUCAUGAACAUUUCAACAUGAACAAUUAAACAAGCUUCAUGAACCUUUCAACAUGAACAAUUAAACACGCUUCAUGAACAUUUCAACAUGAACAAUUAAACAUGCAUCAUGAACAUUUCAACAUGAACAAUUAAACAAGCUUCAUGAACAUUUCAACAUGAACAAUUAAACAAGCUUCAUGAACCUUUCAACAUGAACAAUUAAACACGCUUCAUGAACAUUUCAACAUGAACAAUUAAACAUGCAUCAUGAACAUUUCAACAUGAACAAUUAAACAAGCUUCAUGAACAUUUCAACAUGAACAAUUAAACAUGCUUCAUGAACAUUUCAACAUGAACAAUUAAACAUGCAUCAUGAACAUUUCAACAUGAAAAAUUAAACAUGCAUCAUGAACAUUUCAACAUGAACAAUUAAACACGCUUCAUGAACAUUUCAACAUGAACAUUUCAACAUGAACAAUUAAACACACUUCAUGAACAUUUCAACAUGAACAAUUUAACACGCUUCAUGAACAUUUCAACAUGAAAAAUUAAACAUGCCUCAUGAAUAUUUCAACAUGAACAAUUAAACACGCUUCAUGAACAUUUCAACAUGAACAAUUAAACACGCUUCAUGAACAUUUCAACAUGAACAAUUAAACAUGCUUCAUGAACAUUUCAACAUGAACAAUUAAACAUACAUCAUGAACAUUUCAACAUGAACAAUUAAACAGGCUUCAUGAACAUUUCAACAUGAACAAUUAAACAUGCAUCAUGAAUAUUUCGACAUGCACUUUGCAUUUCAACACUUGUUCCUCGUCUAAAGAAGGUAUUUCGGCUGGCCUUUCAAUGUGACUGUCUUAAAGAUGUUUAUUCGGGCAGUCCUAUUAUAUUGAUAUAUAAAUACAUAUGGUAUAUCAGUAAGCUAAAAAGCACCAGUUAAAUAAUGAUAUCUUUAAUAGCUGGUUUUAUUUUUAGUGAUAAUUAUUUAAAUUUCUUUAAUAUGUGUUAUUAUUGAUACUAUUAUUACUAUGAUUAUCAUCAUUAAAAUUAUUAGUACUUUUAUUUUUUUCUACAAUUUGUGUUCUGCCUGACUUGAUAAAAUUCUUACAGUGCCUCCAUCAUUGCAUUGCAUCAUCUACAAAUCUUUACCACAUUCUUCAUUGAUGAACUUCAAUGCUGGACCAUCACAUUCACAACUGGACUGUCACAUUCACACUAUUAGUUUGUAGUUGAAUCAUGUCUUUUUUUAGUAUCAUUUUUUUGCAUUGGCCUCUAAUGACACGAUUAAAGACCAAAGUUUAUUUUUAUGGGUUAAGAGGUGGGGGGAGGGUGUCUUUUGGAGCUUUAGAGGGGAAACAUCUUGGUAUUAGCAUCAAAUUAUUGUUUAAAAUGUGUUGAAUAACAUAACUGCUAUAGAUUCUUACUUUCCUUUUAUUCCACAUACACCUAAUCAUUUUAAAGUAGUGUUUGGUUCACAUGCAUGCUUCACAAAUAAAUUUAGGAUGUAAGAUUUUUGACAACUGCUUUAGCUGCCUCUCACCUCUAUUUCAUUCCUGUUUGUGAAUGUUAAUGACCAUGAACUCUCUUCCAUCCUAUAGUUUUUUUAAAAAUUAUUUUUUUUAUGGCGGCGGUUCCCAAUCUGUGCUCCGCAGAGACCUUAAGAGUAAGGGUUCCGUGUAACUUCUCCUGGACACUCAUGUACACCAUCAACUUGUAGGGUAGGCCUAAGGGGAUCCCCCUUAGAAAUUGAUUCAAAAAAGGCUCCUUGAGUCAAAAAGGUUGGAAACCGCUGUUUUAUGGCAUUUACUAUGACCUCUGACCUCUAUUUCAUUGCUCUUUGUUUAUGUUUUAACCACAUCUAAAACAAUCACCACAACAAAACACAGGAAGGCUUGAAGCCAGGGGACACAACUGGAACAUUCUGUGGAACUCCAAACUACAUUGCACCAGAAAUAUUGAGGGGAGAAGAGUAUGGUAAGACAAAUGGAGAUGGAGAGAAAAGGCAAAGGCUUCUUUUCAAACUCCAUUUUCUUGAUUUUAUUCAUAUGGGAACUAACAACCUCUACCACCAGCUUUCAAUGAUAUAACUGUAGUGUGUCAGGCUCCUGGUCUCACUGAUAUAACUGUAGUGUGUCAGGCUCCUGGUCUCACUGAUAUAACUGUAGUGUGUCAGGCUCCUGGUCUCACUGAUAUAACUGUAGUGUGUCAGGCUCCUGGUCUCACUGAUAUAACUGUAGUGUGUCAGGCUCCUGGUCUCACUGAUAUAACUGUAGUGUGUCAGGCUCCUGGUCUCACUGAUAUAACUGUAGUGUGUCAGGCUCCUGGUCUCACUGAUAUAACUGUAGUGUGUCAGGCUCCUGGUCUCACUGAUAUAACUGUAGUGUGUCAGGCUCCUGGUCUCACUGAUAUAACUGUAGUGUGUCAGGCUCCUGGUCUCACUGAUAUAACUGUAGUGUGUCAGGCUCCUGGUCUCACUGAUAUAACUGUAGUGUGUCGGGCUCAUAGUCUCACUGAUAUAACUGGUGUGUCAGGCUCCUGGUCUCACUGAUAUAACUGUAGUGUGUCGGGCUCAUAGUCUCACUGAUAUAACUGUGGUGUGUCAGGCUCCUGGUCUCACUGAUAUAACUGUAGUGUGUCAGGCUCCUGGUCUCACUGAUAUAACUGUAGUGUGUCAGGCUCCUGGUCUCACUGAUAUAACUGUAGUGUGUCAGGCUCCUGGUCUCACUGAUAUAACUGUAGUGUGUCAGGCUCCUGGUCUCACUGAUAUAACUGUAGUGUGUCAGGCUCUUGGUCUCACUGAUAUAACUGUAGUGUGUCAGGCUCCUGGUCUCUCUGAUAUAACUGUAGUGUGUCAGGCUCCUGGUCUCACUGAUAUAACUGUGGUGUGUCAGGCUCCUGGUCUUACUGAUAUAACUGUAGUGUGUCAGGCUCCUGGUCUCACUGAUAUAACUGUAGUGUGUCAGGCUCCUGGUCUCACUGAUAUAACUAGUGUGUCAGGCCCCUGGUCUCACUGAUAUAACUGUAGUGUGUCAGGCUCCUGGUCUCACUGAUAUAACUGUAUUGUGUCAGGCUCCUGGUCUCACUGAUAUAACUGUAGUGUGUCAGGCUCCUAGUGUCAAUGAUAUAACUAUAUUGUGUUGGGCUCCCGGUCUCACUGAUAUAACUAGUGUGUCAGGCUCUAUAAUCAAAAUAAUCAACCCCUUCAAUCUUUUAACUUAUUUGUUGUACAGCUUUUACUUUUGACGUACACGUACACAACACACCAGGGUUAGAAAAUGCUCAUCAGUUUGAUAGAUUGGCUUUAAUAACUGUUAGAUAAAAUUACGUCAAAUUUCCGGCGCACCCUGCGCAUCAAUGGCUACAGCCCUUGUAGUGCCCUCAUCUCACUCUGGAGACCACUCAACUGUUAAUGAGCAUAAUAUGGAAGGUGUAGGACAUACAACUAUUUAUAAGGGUUCAGACCAUCAUAAAGCUCUUCAAAGUGAAAAGGGGAAGAAAUUAAAUGUAAGUGGAAUGAAAGGUACAUCAAUUUGACCGAAAAUUCCAGUUGAAAGCCGUCAUCGGCUGACAAAAACUACUUGAAUAUAUAUGAUUGUGAAAAGAAAAAAAGGAACCUAGCCUCUAUUCAUGUCAUCUAAUCAACCACCAAGAAACAACAAAAAAAAUAACACAGGUCGCUAUUGUAAAAAUGAGUCCACAGACUUAUUGGAUGAAAUUAAAUAGAAGACUGAGACGGCUGGGCUCUCUGGUGGUGUCCUUUUUGUUGUCUUUUGUCUAUUUAUUGGUACUUGUUAUCCACACAGUGGCCUAUACAUUUGGCAUCAGAGUCUUGUCAGUGUUUUCCAACUCUGUUAACUAGCUUGAGUUUGGUUCACCAGUAGUUCCAGCGGCACUUAUUAGCUUGGACUGUUUUCUUGAUGUGCUGCUGCUUCAACCUCACUGUGGCUUCAUGAUCUUUUGCAGGAAAAAAAUUUCAGAAUUUUCACCUUUGACAUCAAAUUCCUAUCAAAUCGUCUGAUCAUCAAACUUUUUUUUUUGUGCCAUCAAUUUUUUUUUAGCACCAUAUUAAUUUAACAUCAGUGACAUUUUUGUCACCUGUUUUGACAUUUAUAAAUCCUGACUCUCAUUAGUAUUAUGCAGAUGUACAACGCAUACCUUUAACAUACCAUUGUAUGAAACAUGUCAUAUGAUUCUUCUUCUUCAGCAUCAUGUUACGUAAUAUGCAAUGUCAUUUCUUCACUCACCAUUUUGUCUAUUUAUCAUUCUUUGCAUCAUGUCAUAAAGGCUUGUUAUCAGCAUAUGUCUUCAUAUCACACUGACAUGAGUUCCUUUAGCACGUAUCACCCUCUGUCAUAGGAUCACAUUUCUAGCCACCGUAUCCAAAAUGGCAUCCUGUUAUAUCUUUUGGAGUGAUAUUGUCGACACUUAAACCAUAAGCAUCCAUCUCUUGCCAGUACCUCAUUCCAUCCCAUCGUCAUCAUGGCCGCCGUCUUCAUCCGAUCGCCUUGUUCCAUCGCCUCAUCCAGCAGACUUCCCCCCACUCAACACUCAAACAAACUGUUUUUAAGCCCAUGUUCUUUGGUUCUAGGAGAACCUAAAGCCUGGCGACAAAACCAAUACGUUCUGUGGAACACCAAAUUACAUCGCACCAGAGGUUCUGAGAGGAGAUGAUUAUGGUACACUCUGUUGUCACAUCAGCCCAAUGGAAUGCUUUGGAGUUUUUAUCCACUAAAAUUUUUUUAAAUCCUUUUUUUUAUUGUGUGCAGACCUUUGCUUUGCUCUUGUUUUUUUUUUUUUUUUUUUUUUUUUUUUUUUUUUUUUUUUUUUUUUUUUUUUUUUUUUUUUUUUUUUUUUUUUUUUUUUUUUUUUUUUUUUUAAAUUUAAAUUUCCACUUUUGAUUUUAUUUUAAAAAAUUGUUUUUUUUUUUUUUGUGUUAUUUUUUUUUUUUUUUUUUUUUUUUUUUUUUUUUUUUAAAUUUAAAUUUCCACUUUAGAUUUUAUUUUAAAAAAUUGUAUUAACAAACAUCGAGUUUUCUUCUCUGCAUGAUAUUUAACAUGCACAAAUGUAUGCCAUUUAAUGAGACAAGUGUGUUACCUCCCUUUCACCUCUUGGCUACAUUUCCUCUCAUUAUUCCUGACUUUCUGAUCACACAAUUUUUCUUUGCUUUUACCAAGUCUCUGUAAAGCAAUGGUUGGAUGGGGCAAUAGUUAUUGAAUGAAUGACCCCUUGACAAGCCCACCCAUCCCCUCCCAUCAAGGAAUUGGUGCAAUAUUUGUGAGGCCACUGAUUGAGAGCCCUUUCAGAAUAAGGACAGUGUUUCUCCUAACACAACUGCUUGAGAGAUUCCCUUCCAGGUCACUUAUACAAAUCUAGAGAGUUCAAUAAGGUUGGAAAGAUAAAUUAUUACAACUUUUUAAAAAUAAAUUUCUUGUUAUCUUUUUUAAUGGUCUUUUAAAUUGUGGGCCUCAAAAAGUGGUGCAUGAUAUUAUGUCUAAUCCAUUGUUGUUGGAUUAAAAGAAACUACUGAUUUAAACUUCAUAUGGGCAAUGGCUGAUGUUGAAGUUCUCUGCACAGCAAAAUAUGUCCUGCAGAUAUUCUUCUAAAAUUUCUCACCUGGGAUCAAACCUUUAUGUCAUACCUGUGAUGAAACCUGUAUGUCUCACCUAUGAUUAAACCCAUAUGUGACUCACUCAUAUGUCUGGCCUGGAAUCAAUCCUGUUUGGGCAGACUCAAAUCUAACUUGUUACAAAUAGUUGAAAAGUCUCUCACUAUAAAAAGAAAUUAAAAUGUUGGGGGAAAGUUGGAAGUGGUGGUGGGGGUGGAUGGAGGUGGUGGGAGAUGGUUGCAGCUGAUUAGAGCUGGCCCACAAGAGGAAAGCACUGUGGGGCAAAGGUUGAUAGCAUAUUUGUGUUUUUUUUCUUGUUUUUGAUUAAUGUAAAAAAUUUCUAGACCAUUUCAAACCUUCUAAAAAAAUUACAUUUUAAAAUUAUAUUAUUAUUAAGUGGGUUGAGUUUUUUGUUUGUUUAGUAACAGCAAUUAAUCAGACCUUAAUAUAUAUUUGGGAGCCACAUAUCUUUAUAGAUUACGAAUGCCCAUGCAGCCGGGUAAUCAGGCAUAGCUGGCGCAUAUGGGAUGGCUGGGAUAUUAAGCAUUACUACAAAACUAGGCUCAAAUGUUUUCAUGGUGGCCAGUUCAAUGUCAUGAUUAUAAUAUGGACACUGGUAGUAAGGACAGAUAAGUUAUAACAGUGCUUUCAAUGCCUCUUAUAACCUCCCUGCUCCCUGAGGCAAUCUCUUCCAAUCUAUUCCUUAUCAGAACCCCAAUUAUGUUAAAUUUAUUUAUAAGAACUCUCUACUUCCCAUGAGAUGGGAUGGCCUCUGAACCUGUUAGUGCCUGUUAACACUUAGCAUAUGUGCAGAAUGUAAUCAAGAUAGAUAUGUCACUUAGUGAUGAUAGAUUUCUUUACUGAAAUAUUUCACUACCUUAUGCAUGUUAAUGACCAAUAUCUUCUAUUUAAUCACCAAUCUCAUAAUUAAAAUACUAUUGUUCAAUCUUAAAAUUUAAUUACUUUAAUAUAUUGUUCAAUUCAAAUUUUAAAUGUAAAAAAUUACUUCCAGCCCCAAAAUGUUGAAUAAUUCAUAAGUUUAGUUGCUAAAAAACAUAUCAUACCUUAAACUUAGAAAAUAAAUAAUUGAAUAGUUUAAACAUAUUUGAGUACGGUCCCGGUUUAUGAGCAUGUGUUUUUGUUCUUCUCUCCUCCAGAUUUUAGCGUCGACUGGUGGGCUCUGGGAGUACUCAUGUAUGAGAUGCUGGCCGGCAGAUCACCCUUUGAUGCUGUCGGCAACGCGGACAACCCUGACCAGAAUACGGAAGAUUAUUUAUUUCAGAGUGAGUCAACAUCCUAGUCAGAUUUUGUUUUUGUGCUUAUUUAAAAUUUUGGGGAAAAGUUCAACAUAUUUGAUAAUCAAUUACAACUUUUUUCCCCUUUAAAAGCUUUUGGGGUCGGAUAUUUAUCUGUAGUCUCUAUGUAGACUCUAUGUAGUCUCUGUAUAGACUCUAUGCAGUCUCUAUGUAGACUAUGUAGAUUCUAUGUAGUCUAUGUAGACUCUAUUUAGUCCCUAUGUAGAUUCAAUCAAUCACACUAAAAAUAUAAUAAGAGAUAUUGAAAUUUUAAAAUAUUUUUUUACUGCUGACUGAUUUGGUGAACAAAUUUAAAUGUAGUCAAAUGAAAAGGUGUCUGUAAGUUGUGAAGGGCCUGUAACUUUGUACCUGACAUGCUUGAGGUGGGGAGGGUAACCAUAAAUCAAGGAUAUUUAACUCUGUACACACUAAAUAAUUGAGAAAAAUACAGAUGUAAUCAUUUUUAUAUUAAACCCAGAUAUAAAUAUUUAAAAGAAACAGAUUAUCCCAUUAAAAAUAUUUUUAGUGUCCAUUAAAAUCAGUGCCAUUGUUGCUAUCUAAGUAGGCAAAAAAUAGUUUUUUAAUUUUUUACCAUUUCAUCAGGUAAAAGGUAAUUUAACAUUUUUAAAGAAGUUUCAGAAUUCUUCAUAACAGAUACUUAAUGUCAAUCCAAAAAUAAUGAUGAGUGUUGCUUGGAGCAAUAUACUGUUUGAAAACGUGUCAGUUUGCUGCUCGGGUCAGUUCGCUGCUCGUGUCUAGUUUCACUCAUGUAUUAACUCUUAAAUUAUGGCUCAUUGACACAUAAGAUAUUUCUUGUGCAGUUAUCUUGGAAAAGCCCAUCAGAAUACCAAGGUCUCUCUCAGUGAAGGCUGCCUCUUUACUCAAAGGUUUCUUAAAUAAGGUAAGCACGAUUGUACUCUUUCAAAGAAACAUGUACCAUACACAAUAAACUCAUUCAAAAAACAGACAUCAAAGACAGACAUCAAUCAAAGAAACAUGGUAUUCACAAUAAAUUUAUUCAAAAGACAGAUGUUAAUGUCAUUAUAUAAUAUAUAUAACUAUAUAUUUACAAUAGACACAUAUUUUCUUAAGAUUCACCCUCUUAAGACCAUUCUCCACAAACAACAGAUAUAUUUAUAAGGAUUGGCUGGGAAAUAUUUGUUAUUAAAACGAUAAGUUUGGCUCAUACUUUUUCCCAAUUCCAGGCUCCUGCUGAGCGUCUCGGAUGCCACCCUCAGACUGGAUUCUCUGACAUCCAGUCGCAUCCAUUCUUUCGCACCAUCGACUGGGAGAUGUUGGAGCAGAAACAGAUUAUCCCCCCUUACAAGCCUCAUAUUCGCCAUGAGCGCGACCUUGAACAUUUUGACCCGGCCUUCACAAAUGAGCCAGUGCGCCUGACCCCCGAUGACCCGUAAGUUGGAGCCAACAUUUCCUAACUUUAUCUGAAGCCAACUGGCUGAAACACUUGGCAGAGCUCAUGUGGGACGACUCUGAGGGUUGCAGGGCUCAGAUAUGUUCAGUUUAGUCUAGUGGGACGACUCUGAGGGUUGCAGGGCUCAGAUAUGUUCAGUUUAGUCUAGUGGGAUGACUCUGAGGGUUGCAGGGCUCAGAUAUGUUCAGUUUAGUCUAGUGGGACGACUCUGAAGGUUGCAGGGCUCAGAUAUGAUCAGUUUAGUCUAAAUGUCAUUAGCAAAUUUUAAAAUAGCGUAUGCGUUCUUCUUAGGGGCACUCGCUUUGAAAAUGUUAAAAGUCCAAUAUUUGUGCAUAUUUGAAAACACCUCAACAACUUACAGUAACUGAAAGAGUUACUUUUAGCUUGAUUAAAAUUGAUGUGGGCAAUUGUUUUAACUUUGCUUGAUUAAAAUUAAGAGAAAAAUAACUUGACCAGAUCACAUUGGAUCCCAGCUUGUUCAUUAGGCUAAGGCAAAUUAGACCUUAUGCAAUAAUUAUCUUAUAGGACAGUAAGUUUGAAAGUGUACCUUGUCUAAGACUUACGACAAGAAAAAGUGUAUUUUGAAAGCACCAAAAAAAAACUUGCUUUUCAGAUUUAAGUAAAAAUUGAGAGAUUAAUGAACAGUUGACCAACCCAACACUUUAGGAAAGUUAAAACAAUUACGGGGUCUGGCUGUUGGACCAGUGGCUGCCCUUACAAUGUCCAUCAAAUUUUUGCACUCUCAAUCACCAUAUUAAGCUUUAACUUCCAGUGCAGCUGUAUGUACAAAAUAAUUACCCGAAUUUGUAACUUACAUGUAUCUUCAAGUUCAUGGUGAAAAAUUAAACCUUGGGUUCUUUGGCAUUUCCUUGAAAAAAGAUUGUCAGAGCGGCAAGGGGAUAAGAAUUGAUGAGGUACAUUGCAUAUAUUCCUUAUCUUCUUGCAAUCCACAGGAAGACCAUCAAUGACAUUGACCAGUCUGAGUUUGAUGGCUUUGAGUACGUCAACCCACUUCUCAUGUCUAUGGAAGACUGUGUCUAACCAGAAGAAAGCUCUCAAUAUUGUGGGAUCAGCUUCACGCCUGAUCAGCUUAGAAAAAACAAGAAGAAAAAAAAGCCUUGUGGUUUUGUGAUUUCAAGGAGAAAAAUGAUAUUCUAACAUCUUGUCAUCGCUCCGACUAACACUGCAUUUGUUAAAUGUUUCCAAGUUCCCAAUGUCUUUGCAUCAAUCAAUCAAUCAAUGAAGUGCUGUUGUUAUGUUGAUAAUCUGUGACUGUGAGAGUUUUUAAAAGGCCUAUUAGAUUUUUAAAAUAAAUUUUGUGUUAUCUGGAUUUAUAUUUGGGUUAUGCCCAAGUGUUACAAUGUGGACUGAUGUUGAUGUUAUAGAAUGUAACCUGCUAGAAAACAUAUUUUCAUUUCUUUGGGAAAGAAAGGCAGUCUCUCACUCUAGUUCUCCUAUUUUAUGCAUGCACUACCCAUGGCCUUGUAGGCACUGUUUAAAUCCCUUCUCCAUUUGAUUUUCAUUUGUCUCUUAGCAUUUCCCCUGACUCUAUGUCCAAUCCACUGUGGACUCAAGUUGUGCUCAACAAGCACAUGAUAGGGAAGUGGAGUUUCAUGUACCGAAACUAUUUUCCCCUCCCCUUCCCGUCCAACCCACUCUAUUCUCUCCCC